AUGGAAGAUUUCAAAGAGGUCAACGUCGAACAGAAGAUCCAGCAUGGCAAGGCCGAAAUUAACCAAGGCUUCUAUGUCCCUCCCGUCACCUGGUACAAGGAUGCUGGCCUUCGCAAGCUAUACUUGAUGAUGCCCAUCUUGUUCCUUGGGGCCACAACCAACGGGUACGAUGGCAGUCUUCUCAAUGGGCUGCAGACAAUGGAUCCUUGGCAGAAGUAUUUCAACAACCCGAGCGGUGCCACGCUGGGAUUGUACAGUGCUAUCUUGCAGGUUGGAGCGUUUUCCGCCAUCUUCUUUUCUUCGUACCUUGCCGACAUCCUCGGACGCAGAGCCGGGGUUUCUGUCGGCGUUGUCGUGCUGGUCAUAGGUGUGAUACUUCAAGUGGUUCCCACCGUCGACUCAGGCAUGUUCAUCGGCGGUCGAUUUUUAGUCGGCAUGGGCUCAAACCUAUCGCAAGGCUCCGCACCCCUGCUCAUCCUAGAGCUCGCCCACCCAGCUCAUCGUGGCAAACUCACAACCAUGUACAAUACUCUAUGGUACGCCGGUUCCAUCGUUGCAGCAUGGACUGUCUUUGGGACAACAAAUUACACAACCAAUACGGCUUGGCGGAUCCCGGUUGCUGUUCAGGCUUUGAUGCCGGUCAUUCAGCUUUGUGGAAUCUGGUUCCUCCCAGAGAGUCCUCGCUGGCUGAUCUCCAAGGACCGAGAGGCUGACGCUUUGAACAUCCUCGCUAAGUAUCACGCCAAUGGGGACGCAUCCAAUACCUUCGUGCAAGCCGAAUAUCAUGAAAUCCGAGAGACGAUCCGCAUCGAAAAGCAAUAUUCCAACCAAGGCUGGAAGAUCAUGGCGCAAGGUCGGGGCAAUAGGAAACGACUAUUGCUCAUAGGCCUGGUUGCAUUCUUCUCCCAGUGCUCGGGCAACGGGCUGGUCUCGUAUUACCUUCAUGACAUUCUCGAAAGCGUUGGCAUGACGGACUCCUACGAUCAGGCUGUCUUCAACGGCGGCUUGCAGAUUUGGAGCUUCCUGGUUGCGAUUGGCUUCUCCGCUAUGUUGGUUGAUCGUUUCGGGCGCAAGAAGCUUUUCCUCAUUGCCGGUGUGGGUAUGCUGGUCACUUUCACGAUCUGGACCGCGUGCUCUGCCGUCUAUGCCGAAACAGGAAACCAAGGAGCCGGCAAGGCUGUGCUGGCCAUGAUCUUCCUCUUCUAUGGUGUCGCUGGGUUCGCGUGGCCCGGUCUUACUGUGGCAUACUGCGUGGAGAUUCUUCCCUUCAACAUUCGAGCCAAGGGGCUGGCCCUUAACAUGGCGUUUGUGUCGUGUGCAUCGAUCCUCAACCAGUAUGUCAACCCCAUCGGGCUUGAAAGAAUCGGCUGGAAGUUCUACUUCGUGUACAUUGUCAUUUUGGUCGUCGAAGUCCUGUGUAUCUGGUUUGUCUUCGUGGAAACCAAGGGUUUAACACUCGAAGAGGUCGCACAUCUUCUUGAUGGCCCGGACGCACCAGCUACUGGAGGUUUAUCGGCUGAGCGAGAAGAUGAUGAACUGAAGGAGGCUAUUGUCUCUGAGCAUGUGGACAAUGUCAGCACGAGGUAG